UUGAUGAAAACGGCCUUUACGGUCUCCGCAAUGAAUUGGAUAAUACUAGAAAUCACGCGAUUCUAGGCCGUAAUCGCUGCCUCUGCGCGACCCAUCAACAGAUGAGAUUAUUAUAAUCGUACAAAGCAAACGAUUUUGCACAUACAAAAAGUACGAACAAUCCAAAAGGGGUCCCCCAAAGUCCAUCCAUCGGUCUUUCCGUCUCCACAAGCUUCUUCUUCAUCUUCUCCUCCGUCCUCUCUCCCUUCACCGCUUUUCUUGACCCUCUCUCUCUCUCUCUCUCUCCUCCCACCCAGACGGAAAGCUCCGAGCUUUCCCUCUCUAGUCUCUACCCCAGGGAGGAGAAGGAAGGAAGACAGCUGGCACAGUCUAUUGGCGCUGGGGGCCGGCAACUGACUAGGAUCGAGAAAUCGGGUUCUUGGACGGCGGCGGCCUGUCCAUGGCGCAGCGGGGCGAGCUGGGGCGGCAGCUCCCGCUGAGAGGCCCCCUGAAAGCCCUAGAGGCAGACAUCCACCACGCUAACGCCAUGGCAGAUGCAGUUCAGAGGAAUUAUGGUGGAGCAUGCGUGCAGAUGAGGCUGUCGUUCAGCUCCCUGGCUCCGUUCUUCUUGUACUUCAUCCAAUGGCUGGACUGCGGCUGCUGUUAUGCUCUUCCCAGCUAUUUGGGACUGUUUCAUAUUCUCAUAUGCAAGGUUUACGCUGAUGGAGAUAGCUCGGUGUCGACAUAUGAAAGGCGGGCAAGCCUGAGGGAAUUCUAUGCAAUUAUCUAUCCUAUUCUGCAGCAGCUUGAGAGUAGUUUGAUUGAGAGGGACCUGAAAGGGAAGGGUCGAUGCAAAGAUAUAGUGAGUAGGAGGAGGAUGGAGGAUUGGAAAAAGAUUUCUGGUAAAGACCUUGAAAGGGAGGACGAAUGCGGGAUUUGCAUGGAGGCAUGCACCAAGAUGGUCCUGCCUAAUUGCAGUCAUGCAAUGUGCAUAAAGUGCUAUAGAGACUGGUAUAAAAGAUCAGAGUCUUGCCCUUUCUGCCGAGGAAGCCUCAAAAGAAUCCGCUCAAGAGACCUUUGGGUGCUUACAAAUUACAAUGAUGUCAUUGACCCUGCACAUUUAGAAAGAGAAAACGUGAGGCAUUUCUAUAGUUAUAUUGACAGCUUGCCCCUAAUACUUCCUGAUAGUAUUUUCUUUUUCUAUUAUGAUUAUCUACUAUAAUGCGGAAGCAACAUACAUCAUAUGUGUAAAUUGCAAAAGCAGAUGAAAUCCAUAGAUGAAUGGCCCUCACUUCACUUUGACCACAUGCAUGUGUAUUUACUCACAGGGUACUAAUGUAACAUUAAUGCAACCAUGAAUAAAAUUGUUAGGAGGUAUCCAUUGUAUUGUCAAGUGAAUACCUUUUCAAUUCUUUCUACCGUACCUACAUCAUGGUAGACAAAAGAAUCUCUUAAUUUGGAUCCCUAUCUCCUUUUUUUAUAGGGUUCUGCGAAUGAAGCUACUCCAUUUUCUGUUCAUUUUCAUUAACGUAUUGUUUUAAUUGUACCAAGCAAGUGCAUCCUGACAUGAACUAAUUUUUUUUUAGCCAAGCAUUGAUUAUUGACACAGGUUAUUACAUUUUAUCAUUUUGCAAUAUACCAAGUGUUUAUUUGGAACUACAAGAGCAGGUAAAGGUACACUCUGGUUGUGUUAUCAAAUUGAUUGAACUGAAUGAAGAAACAAUACUGUAUCUCUGUUUAUAUUCAGUCAUACCUCCUAGUACUUGACACAGGUCAUGGCAUGAGAAGUAAAUGUCUUGUAUAAAGUACUUACAAAAUCAUCUGCUACAAAUAAAGCAGCUGUGCAUCUGCGAUGUUUAACGAAGUGUAUGGAUAUAGUUGGAUUUGUGGCAAUGUAACAUUUCCUCUGCUUCAA